AUUAGAAUAAAUUGAGGACAAUGCAUACCGCUGCCUGCCAAUUGUAAACAUAAGGGAUAUGUAUUCACUUAGCAUUGACUUUUGGGAGGGGCCAAGGAAAAGCUGUAGUUUUAUUGAAUAGAGCUGUGUGUGAGGCUGCUGGUGUGCCUUUCUUGCUCUGUGCUCCUGCCCAAGCAGCCAGUUAUUCAUUUCCUUCCUACUAGUUGAAAACUUUUUUCAGCCGCAGAGUGCCUGUGAUAACCAUUUGGUUACGCAAAGAAUCCCCUGGGAGCUGAAGAGGCAGCAUCUUCCAGGCUCAGGGGCAUCAUCACUGUGAUCAACUCUAUUUUCUGGAGUCAUCAUUCUGAAUUCAGCAGCAGCUGAUUUGUUACUGAAAACCUCAGAAUAUUUCCUCUGCUUGCCUUCCUAUUUGGAUCUUUCCAGAGCUCUGAACACUUGAACACCCACCAUGGAUGACUUUGAACGCCGCAGAGAACUCAGGAGGCAAAAGCGUGAGGAAAUGCGCCUUGAAGCAGAGAGGCUCUCCUACCAGAGGAAUGAUGACGAUGAGGAAGAAGCCGCCAGAGAACGUCGCCGACGGGCUCGACAGGAGAGGCUGCGGCAAAAGGAAGAAGGAGAUUUAUCGGGAGAAGUAACAGAGAAAUCAGAAGUUAAUGCCCAAAACAGUGUGGCAGAAGAGGAAACCAAGCGUACUACAACCACGGGGGGAACAGAUGAUGAAGCUGCAUUGUUGGAGAGACUGGCAAGACGGGAGGAGAGACGCCAAAAACGUCUACAGGAAGCCCUGGAACGUCAAAAGGAAUUUGACCCCACGAUCACAGAUGGGAGCUUGUCGCUGCCCAGCAGGAGAGAAGUAAACAAUGUGGAAGAAAAUGAGACCACGGCGAAAGAGGAAAAGGCUGAAACACGCCGAGGACGCUAUGAGAUUGAGGAAACAGAAACGGUUACCAAGUCAUACCAAAGGAACAACUGGAGGCAAGAUGGGGAAGAAGAGGAAAAAAAAGAAGACAAAGACAAGGAGGAGGUGCAGGAGGAGAAACCAAAGGAGGAACCUGUAGAGGAAAAUCAGGUAGAUGUGUCAGCAGAAAAAUCCACAGAUAAAGAAGAGGUAGUAGAAACAAAAAAUCAAGUUGUAAAUGCAGAGGAACACAAAGCAGAUACAAAUGCUGUCCUAGAAGGGGAGCAGAGUAUAACUGAUGCUGUAGAUAAAGAGAAUCUUAGGGAUGAGGAAAAGGCUGAGGAAGAAAGGAAGAAAGCAGAAGAAAGGGAGAGGUUAAAAGCAGAGGAAGAAAAGAAAGCAGCUGAGGAAAAACAGAAAGCAGAGGAGGAGAAGAGGGCAGCUGAGGAAAGGGAGAGGGCUAAGGCAGAGGAGGAGAAGAGGGCAGCUGAAGAAAGGGAGAGGGCUAAGGCAGAAGAGGAGAAGAGGGCAGCUGAGGAAAAGGCUAAGCUAGAAGCAGAGAAAUUAAAGGAGAAACAAAAGAUGGAAGAACAGAAAAUAGAAGAAGAUAAACAGGUAAAAGAGAAGAAGGUACAAGAGGAAAAACCUCAAGCAGCUUCCCUAGGCAAACAGGGGGAAGAAAAAGAGGUUAAAGUGGAAGCUAAAAAGGAAAAGUUGCCAGAAGAGAAGCUCCAGCCUACCUCCAAAAAAGAUCAGGUAAAAGAUGACAAGGAUACAGGAAAAGCACCCAAAGAGGAAAUGAAAAGUGUCUGGGAUCGUAAGAAGGGAGCUCCUGAACAAAAGGCACAGAAUGGAGAACGUGAAAUCACUGCCCCAAAACUUAAAUCUACGGAGAACGCUUUUGGCCGCUCCAACUUGAAAGGGACUGCGAACGCCGAGGAAGCGAAGCCGGGCUCUCAGGCUGAGAUUGCAAAGCGGCUAGAAGAUCAGCGCCGCCGCCGAGGCGAGAACGAGGAUUUUGAGAAGCUGAGAGAGAAGCAGCAGGAGGCGGCAGCAGAGCUGGAUGAACUGAAGAAAAGGCGAGAGGAGCGCCGGAAAAUCCUGGAGGAGGAGGAGCAGAAGAAGAAACAGGAGGAGGCUGAGAGAAAAGCCAGAGAAGAGGAGGAAAAGAGGAGGAUGAAGGAAGAAAUUGAAAGGAGAAGGGCUGAAGCUGCUGAAAAACGUCAAAAGAUGCCAGAAGAUGGUGUAUCUGAAGACAAGAAGCCAUUCAAAUGUUUCAGUCCUAAAGGUUCAUCUCUUAAGAUAGAGGAGCGAGCAGAAUUUUUGAACAAAUCCGCUCAGAAGAGUGGUAUGAAACCCACCCACACAACAGCUGUUGUCUCAAAGAUUGACAGUAGACUUGAGCAAUACACUAGUGCAAUUGAGGGCACAAAGUCUGCAAGAUCACCUAAGCCAGCAGCCUCCGAUCUUCAUGUUCCGGCCGAGGGUGUCCGUAAUAUCAAGAGCAUGUGGGAGAAAGGGAAUGUUUUUUCAUCACCUUCUGGGACAGGAACACCAAAUAAGGAGACUGCUGGACUGAAGGUUGGUGUCUCCAGUCGUAUCAACGAGUGGUUAACCAAGACCCCAGAGGGCAACAAAUCACCUGCUCCAAAACCUUCCGAUUUAAAACCAGGAGAUGUAUCUGGCAAACGUAAUCUCUGGGAGAAGCAGUCAGUUGAAAAGCCAUCUUCUUCUAAGGUAUCAGCUGUGGGGAAAAAAGAGACUAAUGCAGGUUUGAGACAAUUUGAGAAAGAACCGUAGAAGGCCGCUAAAGACGCCGGACCAAUCAGUUGGGGGAAAAAAAAGAAAAGGAAAAAGUGCUAAAUUGUUCUUUUUAUAUUUAUGUUUAUUUACCAAAAAUGUCUUUUUGCAUUAUCCCAGUUAAAACCAUGUAUAUUAGCACUGUAUUUAAUAAUCAGUCUAGACAUUCAUCUUAAUAGUACUGCCUUUGCACAAGAGCCUUUAUUCCUAAAGAAACCCAUGCUGUGAAAUAUAUAGACUCUCCUACUGAUAGUCAUAACGAUGUAUCUGAACAGUGAUUUCAACUGGCAGAAGAGGUCAACCCAAAACGCAUGUAAAGUGAAGUUGCUCAAGAAAGGUGUGCAGUGAACCUAUAAAAACAACGGUUACUUUUGUAAUACAGAAGUCUUUCUUUCUGCACUUUAGACUAAGGCAUGGAAGAAAUAUCUUUAGUUGACAAUGUAAUAUUUUCUGUAAGUUGCCCAUGUCAUGAGAAAUACUGCAUCAAUAACGUGGUUUAGGUUUUUUUGUUUUGUUUUGUUUUAUACUUUUUUUAAGUAUCAAUUUCUCCAUUCUAGUUUAAGUUAAUACCUAAAUUUGGAUGGUUAUGUUAGCUGACAGCGGUACUGAUAUUUCUUUUUGUUGUUAGUGACUAGUAAUUGAAUGCAAUUUAGAUUAUAUACACACAUAGCUUUACAAAGGUUAGCCUAAAGGCACUACUAAUGGUAGAAUGCUUUAAUACAUGCUAGAGUAUUAUAUUUAGUAAUAAACAUACAUAAUUAGCCAAUAUCACAGCUUAAAAAAAUAAAGACAAAAUCACACAACUUUUCUAUAGUAAGAUUUCAUAAUUGCCAUUAGAGGUAUGGUGAGAUAAGUAUUAAAAAAUUUUAAAUGUCAGUUGCCCAGUACUGGGUAAUUAAAAAGAAAGUAUAGUUUUUAAAAGAGGAAAAGGUAAGGGUAUAGAGGGUCAAAAAUAGGUCACUUGUAUAAAACGUUGUAGUUUAAUUUAUAUAAAACUACCAUAAUUAAAAAGAAAAAAAACAAACCUAAACACAGAUGGAGCUGGUUUUAAAUAACUGUACACUAAAUCUUGCCAUCCAUCGGUGCCGUACACUAAGUCCACCUAAAAUGAAGUAAACCUCUAUCUUUAUAGUGCUUCUUUUUAACUCUCUCUCCCUAAUAUCUUAUUUACAGAUGUUUUCAUUUGUAUAUAGUUAAACACAUGGCUAUAAGACGUCAGCUUGGUUUGAGUUUACAUGCCAUACAGUUUAGCAUUUACAUCCUACAGUGUAUGGGUGGCAUAAACUGAGCAACUGAAGUAGCCCCUGAGCGUGUUGUUAACAGCCUUGUAGUGCAUCAAAAUUACCAGGAUCUGCCUUUUCACCACCUCCAUCUUUUACAGCAUCUGUCUUCUUCCAAAAGAAGCGUACUGUUAUAUUUUCAACCCAAAUAUGAGCUCCCCUGCUUGGCCGAAACAUCUUGUUUACAUACAGAGAUGCACGGAGUUAUCUGUAGGGGGUGAAACUGUGCCUGACAUUGUCUGUGAGUUGUCAUGUUUUUUUUUUUGUUUGGGGGUUUUGUAAACACUCCUCUGAGUCUUUCAAAUACAUCCGAUAGCUGCAAUAAAAACGAUUUGUUCAAACAAUGUAUCCUGAAACUGCAUCCACAAUAAAUGGAAUAUUUCCAUCAGCA